AUGGUAUAUUCUGUUGAUGGUACAUGGUACAUGGAUAUUGUUGAUAUCUUGGAUAUUGUUAUUGUUGAUGGUGAAUGGUGGAUGAUGAAUUGGAUUGAUGGAUCGAUAUAUGGCAAGAUUGGAAAGCUUUUUAGAUCCGGAGUGAAGAACUCUUCUCAAGACAUCAAGAAAUACUCUCAAAAACUAUUCCAUCUCACUUUAAACUGCAAUGAUGACCCACAAUGGUGUCUCCCUGGGACCAUCACUGUGACUGCUACAAACUUCUGCCCACCUAACCCUUCUCAGUCUAAUGACAAUGGUGGGUGGUGCAACCCUCCCCUCCAACAUUUUGAUUUAGCAGAGCCUGCUUUCUUACAAAUUGCCCAAUACAAAGCUGGAAUUGUUCCUGUGUCUUUCCAAAGGGUGCCUUGUGUGAAGAAAGGAGGAAUAAGAUUUACAAUCAAUGGUCACUCUUACUUCAACUUGGUCUUGGUCAGCAACGUUGGUGGCGCAGGAGACGUCCAGUCGGUGUCGAUUAAGGGGUCUAACACAGGGUGGCAACCCAUGUCAAGGAAUUGGGGCCAAAACUGGCAGAGUAACUCCUUGCUCAAUGGCCAGUCGCUCUCAUUUCAAGUCACUACUAGUGAUGGAAGGACUGUUACUAGCUACAACGCGGUGCCUGCUAAUUGGCAGUUUGGCCAAACAUUUGAGGGGGGUCAAUUCUAAGUUUUCAUGACACCCAUUGGGAUACAAAUUUGUACAUGGUGUUGAAAUUGAGAAUGGGAUAGGUUUUGGAGAGACAUGAGAAAAUUGAGAGUCUAUUGACGUGGUGGAUUAGUGGCUAACUAAUACCCGCUUAGGCCUACACAUAUAUAUAAAGUUUGAGUUAAAGUAAUUUGUAGACAGAGAUAUUCAAUGGGGAGCCUUAGGUUAAAAUUAAGGCCAUAUGAAUAUCAUGUAAAGUUUGUAUAUUUAAUCCCCAAUUUGGUAUAGAAACCCAAUUUGAGGCAAAUUUGUAUCAAUGAAAUUCUUCAGCGCAUUUCC